CUCCGUCAGAACAUUUGCAUAAACCAUGAAACAAAUUUAGAUUUGAUUUUUCAUUUUCUUAUGAAGUCACUGUUGCAUGCUCUGGUGCUGCAGUCUGUGAUCAGUGGAGUAACAGAAGAAAAUAGACGAUGCAAUUCUCCCUGGGAACAAAAACCAUCUCCCACACCACCACUCAGAAAGCUUCAGUUUGAGCACCGAUCUUCUAUCUCUCCUUUAAAGAUUAGAAAGGAGAAACUGGGUGACAGGAUCGCAGCAUUACAGCAGCUUGUGGCACCAUUUGGCAAGACUGACACGGCUUCAGUGUUGAUGGAGGCGAUUGGUUACAUCAAGUAUCUCCUAGGCCAAGUUGAGAAUUUAACUGAAAAAUACACGAGAUUAUCUGGAAAUAAAAGAUCAAGAAGAGUAAUGCAAGAGGCAGCAGAUAAACUAGGGGAGGAGAGUUUUGAGCCGAAGGCAGGUUUGAGGAGCAGAGGACUCUGUUUGGUGCCUUUGUCAUGCACAUCAUACAUCGUUUCUGAAGAAACUGAUUGAAUCUCUGUCUAUAUUUGUUUCUGAAGAGUGUUAGGUUUGUUUAAA